CUUUGCUCCGGAAGGCAAUCGAUCCUUCUAGAUCUCUCCCUCUCUUCUUUCUCUCUCUCGCUCAUUUCUUCUCCUCCACCACCCGGUGAAGAUUCUAGAACUUCUCCCGUCUGGAUUAAGACUCUGAGGCUCCCCCAGGGAAGCGUCUGUAAGAAGAGGGAGGAAGGAAAGGAGAAACAGACUACUGUGUGGACCGAGAGGACGACCAUGUCUCUGCUGUGCUACAACAAAGGCUGCGGAGCCAAGUUCGAUGCUUCCCAGGACAAAGACGAUGCCUGUCUCUUCCAUUCAGGAGUGCCCAUAUUCCAUGACGCUCUGAAGGGCUGGUCGUGCUGUAAGAAGAGGACUACUGACUUCUCGGAGUUCCUGUCCAUCCGGGGCUGCACACGCGGUCGCCACAACAAAGACAAGCCCCAGGAGCCCUUGCGCCCGGAAGUGACAUCAGAGAAGGGCGUGGCCGAGAGGAAUCUGGGCGACAGCAGAGAGAUCAUCUACCAGGGACCCAAGUCUGCUGAGACACUGCAGAAAGAGAGACCCAAUUCAGACGAGGUGAAGACCAAGCUGCCUGUGAAGGUGGCGACCUCCCUGACCCAGAUCCUGGAGAAGCUGGACAUCAGCAACAGAGCAGAGAGACAGAAGAACGAGUCUCAGGCUGUUAUACCAGGAACAAGAUGCAAAAACUCUGGAUGCAAAACACAAUAUGAAGGCCCAUCAACAGACCUGGAGAUCUGUACUCAUCACCCAGGAGGCCCUGUCUUCCACGAGGGGUACAAGUUCUGGAGCUGCUGCUGUAUCAGAACCAUCGACUUCAACGCUUUCCUGGACCAGAAGGGCUGCACCUUGGGCAAGCAUCGCUGGAUACCCAAGGAGGACAAGAAAAAGGUGGCAUGUCGACACGACUGGCACCAGACAGGACAACAGGUCGUCGUGACAAUCUACGCCAAGAACUCCAACCCAGAAGCCUCCUCAAUAGAAGCCAACGGCACUGUGCUGACGUGUCAUAUCCUGUUUGAGAAUAACAAGGUGUUCCACAAGGACUAUCAUCUCUGGGGAGUGGCAGACGUGAGCCACAGCACCGUCAGCAUGCUGCCCUCCAAGGUGGAGGUGACCCUGCGGAAGGCCGACGCGGUGGCCUGGGGGAAGCUGGAGGAUCCCAACCACAAGCCGGAGCCCGAGGUCGACCCGGUCUCCACAGACACGGAGCAGCCGUCGCACCCCGACUGGGACAUCGACGACGACGACAUCAGCGACUCGGACGAGGAGUGGGCGUACGACACAGGGAAGAAAGAGGAGGAGAAGAAGAAAGAGGGGGAGACAAAAGAGGAGGAGGAUGACAUGCCGGAGCUGGACGGCUAGAGAGAGGGAGGGAGGAGAGGAGGGAGAGUUAGGAGAGGGAGGAGAGGGGGGACUGGAGGGAGAGGGGGGAGAGGGGGGAGAGGGGGGAGAGGGAGGACUGGAGGGAGGCAUAUCCAGAGAAAGAUGGAGGAGAAGAAGAAGAAAUGUCUGGAGGAAGCGGAGAAAAAGAGGAGAGGAGGAAGAGAUAUCGAGAGGAAGAGAGGGAUGAAGGAGGAGAGGAAGAAUAAAAGGCGGAUGAAUGAAAAGGAGAGAAAUAGGAAGACAGCUAGAGGAGACUGUGGACUUGAUUUUGUCAGAUCUUUUCAACAAGUCUUAUUUACUGGACAGUCAUGUUGUUUUUGCCAUGAAUGUUUCUGUAGGUUUGUUUAUUCAAUAGCGCAAAUUAGCAAUCUGUCUUUAUGGCUGCCGUUUUUCUAUGGCUUUGUGAAGACCACUAAAAAUAAGAGAUUGUUCAUUGAUAAUACGAAA